CUUUUUUAUUUUUUCUCUUUUUUUUUGUUUUUAUGGAUUUAUUGACAUUUGAUCUGUUCAAUUAAUUUAAUCAAUCUCUGUAAAGCACUUUGGUUCAAAUACUGGUUUUGUUGAAAAGUGCUAUAUAAAUAAAGAUUAUUAUUAUUAUUAUUAUUAUUAUCUACAUAGUGACGUAGCGUGGAUGCUCAGGGUAUCCGUUAAUCACGAAGGAAACUAAUAUUUCUUUUUGCCAUCCAAAAGGAACACGUUUGGUUACUUUUUUUAAAUAUAUCAUUAAUUUGCACAAAUCCAGGAACAGUGGAUGUUAAGUCUUUACCAGACACAUAUGUUGAUAAUUCCAUUUUCUUUGGGUUUUUUUAAAUUGUGAUAUGGAAAUACAUGAAUACGUCCAACGGCAUUAGAAAAUUGUCAUAUUAACUAUUCUAAAAGACAUUAUGGUUGAUAAAUUCAAUUAUGUUUGCACCAGAAAAAAAUUAGCAAAGCAGGUUUUUGUUUUGAAAGUUAUUUCUCUAAAGUGAGUAUGACUGCCAUAACCAGUAUGUUUUAUUCUUUGCUGCUUUGACGAUUGGAGAACAUUUCGUAAAUCAUUUCAAAGACCAAACAUUAAAAAAGCAACAUUCCUCUCGCUUUUAAGGAGCUUUGUAGCGUUUUCUAUCGCGAGAGCUGGCUCUUUGCCCCCUCCCCUCUCCCCUUUGAUUGGCAACCAAGAUGUCGGUGGAGAAAAAGCUCCCCGGAGCAAGCUGUGGGCAACGGCGACAGCAAGCACCUGCAGCAGGAGCGCACCGCUCUCCAUAGCAUCAGGACCACAGCAUGCUGAACUAAAACUGCACACUGUCUCCAAUCAAUCUCGACCUCGGCGCAUGGAGUAUUUAAAAAAAAAAAAAUCCAAUAUAAUUCCCUCAGAUUUAUUAUUCAGCCUUGCUGUCUGUUAUUUAUAAUAUAACAUUUUUCAGUCAUGGAUGAAGAUAAUACGACAAAGAGCGAAAAGCAGCAUCUAACUGUCCAAAAAGCAUUGCAGCAAUGUGAAUUGGUCCAAAAUAUGAUAGAAAUCAGCAUCUCCAGUCUGGAAGGGUUAAGGACUAAAUGUGCCACAGCAAAUGACCUAACGCAAAAAGAAAUAAGAACACUGGAGGGUAAACUCGUGAAGUACUUCAGCCGUCAGCUUUCCUGUAAACGUAAUGUUUCUCUGCAAGAACGGAGUGCUGAGUUAGAGGGAUUUCCCCACCUCGUUCAUUGGUUUCGGAUUGUAAAUAUUCGCAAGGAAGUGAUAGAGGACAUUGCCCCUGAUCAACUGACUCUAGAAGCACUUUUGGAGAUGACUGAUGAAGACGUGUGUGUAACAGUGAAGAAAUAUGGGACAAACAGUGAGGAAUGUGCCAGAUUAAUUGCUUCAUUGUCCUGUCUACGAAGUGUUUAUAAAUCAGGGAGUGGCCAUUCCAGCCAAGACUGGGUUAUCCAAUGGCCUACAACAGAAGCUGGGAAAGAGAAUACUCCUGUCAGCCAAGCGGAACCAGUCAUGUGGCCUGGAUGCAGCAUCACACUAAGCCCCAAGAUGCCAUCAAAGUUCAUGCAGCAAGACUUCCAUUCAGUGCCUGUGCUAGGAACCAAUUGUACUUACACAGAUAGACUGACCAUUGGAGAUCCGAUUGGGCUUUAUCCUACAUUUGAGAGUGGGCCAAGUUCCCUGCCACCAUCUCCACGGCAGCGUCAUCCAAUUCAUACCCCCCCUCGGACUCCUCCUGUAGUAACAACAAUGACACCUCCGGGAACACCACCUGUGAGGAGGAGGAACAAACUGAAACCACCUGGAACUCCUCCACCAACGUCUCGUAAAUUGAUUCACCUCAUCCCUGGCUUCACUGCACUACAUCGAAGUAAAUCACAUGAGUUCCAGCUAGGAAACAGGGUGGAAGAAACACAUACUCCAAAAGCAAAGAAAAAGAACAAGCCUCUAAAUCUGAAGAUACAUAAUAGUGUUGGCAGCUGUGAGAACAUCCCAGCUCAACGUUCUCCUCUUCUCUCAGAACGUUCUUUGCGCUCCUUUUUUGUUGGACAUCCAUCUUUUCUUCCUUCCACACCUCCGGUUCACACUGAUGCCAAUUUCUCAUCAAAUACAUUGUCAGUGCCUCGAUGGUCCCCACAGAUUCCCCGCAGAGAUCUUGGGAAUUCAAUAAAACACAGAUUUUCCACGAAGUAUUGGAUGUCUCAGACCUGCACAGUAUGUGGGAAAGGGAUGCUUUUUGGCUUGAAAUGCAAAAACUGCAAGUUGAAGUGCCAUAACAAAUGCACCAAAGAAGCUCCACCUUGUCAUUUACUAAUCAUUCAUCGUGGAGCAAGACUUGUGCGAACAGAAUCUGUGCCAUGUGACAUUAACAAUCCUCUUAAGACGCCACCCAGGUACUCCGAUCUGCACUCCAGCCAAACACUGCCAAAAACCAACAAAAUUAAUAAGGAUCAUAUACCGGCCCCUUACCAGCCGGAUUCAAGCAGUAAUCCUUCAUCAACAACAUCUUCAACUCCAUCAUCUCCUGCACCACCUCUCCCUCCCAGUGCGACACCACCUUCACCUCUUCAUCCAUCACCACAGUGCACUCGCCAACAGAAACAGUUCAACCUGUCAGGUAUACUCACUAACAUUCGGUUGAGGGCCAUCACAAGCAGUGACUUGCUUGAGAGUCACGGCCACACAAGUCCACCACAAGCUUCUCAUUAUUUCAAGUACAAGCAGCAGUUCAUUUUUCCAGACGUCACACCUGAGACACAAAAUCGAACUCCACAAGUUGUCCUUCAUCCUGUCAACUCUGAUCCCACUUUACAAGGAAACCCAACACUUCGAGUGGAAGUGAAUGAGCCCACUUCAGAGAAUGAAGAUGCAAAUGAUGCUUCUAAGUCAGAUGGUUCGGAAGAUGACUUUGAGGAAAUGAAUCUAUCUUUAUUGUCUGCACGGAAUUUUCCACGGAAAGCAAGUCAGACCAGCAUUUUCCUCCAGGAAUGGGAUAUCCCAUUUGAGCAGCUGGAAAUUGGAGAACUCAUAGGCAAAGGACGCUUUGGCAAAGUCUACCAUGGUCGUUGGCAUGGAGAGGUGGCAAUCCGUUUGAUUGAUAUUGAAAGAGACAAUGAGGACCAUCUAAAACUUUUCAAAAGGAAAGUAAUGGCAUAUAGACAAACCCGACAUGAGAACGUGGUGCUGUUUAUGGGAGCCUGUAUGAGUCCCCCUCAUUUAGCUAUUAUCACCAGCCUCUGCAAAGGAAGAACUCUUUACUCUGUUGUAAGAGAUGCUAAAAUGGUGUUGGAUGUGAACAAGACCAGACAAAUUGCUCAGGAGAUUGUAAAGGGUAUGGGCUACCUACAUGCUAAAGGAAUUCUUCAUAAAGAUUUGAAAUCAAAGAAUAUAUUUUACGACAAUGGAAAGAUAAUCAUUACCGAUUUUGGACUCUUCAGCAUCACUGGAGCUUUGCAAGAGGGCAGGAGAGAGAGUGAAAUGAGGAUCCCUAAUGGUUGGCUGUAUCAUCUGGCUCCUGAAAUUAUUCAACAACUCUCUCCAUCAACAGAUGAAGAUAAACUUCCGUUCUCCAAGCAAUCUGAUGUUUUUGCAUUUGGAACCAUAUGGUUUGAGUUGCAUGCACGUGAGUGGCCUUUCAAGAAUCAGCCCUCAGAUGCGAUAAUAUGGCAAGCCGGGCGAGGAAUGAAACCGAAUCUAAGUCAAAUUGGUGUAGGAAAGGAGAUUGUGGAUAUCUUGCUUUUCUGCUGGGCCUAUGAGCAGGAGGAGCGCCCUAGUUUCUCGAAGAUCAUGGAGCUGCUAGAGAAAUUACCCAAGAGAAACCGCCGGCUCUCUCACCCUGGACAUUUCUGGAAGUCAGCUGAGUAUGUUUCCCUUAGCUCCAAUGUGUGAACGUCCAGGCACACGUUGUUGGAUUUUGGAUCCAGCCUUUGCAUUUCAUGCAUUGCGUUCAGUUAACCAUUUGCUUUAUAGUGUUUCAAGCAGUUGAUGGACAAUUAGUCACCCAAGGAUUCACAAUAUUGAGAAUCAUAAAGUGAAACUCCAAAUGAGUGUUGUAAAACUCAGUGUUAACUGAAUAAAAUGCGCAGCUGUAGCAGGCACUACAUUGCACAUCUUUUGGUAGCCUCUGCUCCAAUUGUCAGGAGAGAGAAUGCACAGCAUGGAAAUGCUGCUUGAUUUUGUUACUCAGAUUUGUUUAGCUUUGAGUUUUCAGAGGCGUGUACACACUGCACUCUUGGAGAAAAGGCGACAAAGAUUUAUGAGAAUAAAAUGAGUGACGUGUUUGCCAAAAAUAUAGACUUGCAUGAACCUGUGACUCUUUUGCCUCCAUGAGGAAAGUUCCAUUUGUUCAAAAGGUCCCUCAGAUGAAUGGAACAUACAGUAAUUAGGAAAUGUGGCCUAGUUCACUUUCUGUGGAAAUCGUAAAAGACUACAUUACUGUGACAUCAUGCAAUUGUGACAUUGAGAAAGCAAAGGUAGAUUCAUAAGGAUUAUUGUCCUUUACUGCAUCAUGGCAACUGGAUUGGACAGUACCUUUGAGAGGUGAAGGAUAAAGUGUAAUCUUAUCAGGUGUUGAUGGUAUAUACAUUCUUAUUCCUUGAAAAAGGCUGCAAACAGCACAGAGUGCUCCUUAGUUGACGAGUCAUGGUAUGUAUAUCAAAUCUUACAUACAUGGGUUUCAAAGCAAAGCAGAAGCAAAUUGCCACUGAGAGUCUUGAUCACAAACCCAGAAAUGAAGCCAGCGGGUUGAGCUUUAUGGACUUUUCUCGUUCGUACCCUCUUAAUGAGCUUAUUAUUAUCAGUAGCUGUGGUGUUCAUUCUGACCGAUUGCCUGUAAAGGGAUUCUGCUGUGUUGAGCUUUUAUUUAGCCAAUCCAUGGAAGAGGAGCUAAAAAUCAGUAAUCUCUUUCUCCACAUUCUUUGAAUGCCUCAUUGACUACAGGUGCAAUGCAUCAUCUCCUGCUGCUCCCCUAACAUCUCCAUCUUCCUCAAUCCUGCACGCGCUCGCUCACUCUGCUCAUUGCUGUCAUGAAAUAAGCAAUGUUUUAGGUUAAUUUAUUUUAAACCCAUGAACAACAAAGUACAUCACCUUCUCAUGAAACUUUGUUGAUACACCCAUAAAUCUCUGCUAUUGAUGCCGUUGCAUGUUUGAUAACUUAUUUACAUUCUUGAGCUGAGCAUCACAAGUGUUUCUUUACUUUUGAGGCAGGUCUACCACUUUAAUUUUUAUCUUGGCAUUUCAAUGUCGUUUUACUAGGAUCCAUUUUUUUUCUUUUCCAAAUUGAAAUUUAACUCUGAAAUUAAUUAAUGCCGGUAGUGUGAAGCUUAGUGGAGCUCACUAUAGAUCCGUCAAUAGGCAGUAUUUUGAUAGUGUUAUUAUUUAUCACUGAACUUGUUUUAAUUAUUUUCUCAAGUUGACCAUGAAUGCAUAUAACCUUCGCAUUGAUGUCAAUAAACAAGUUGCAUUUAUUUAGCACCUUGUCACAACAUUAGGUCACCCCAAUGUGCAACAUAAUCAGCAAUUAAUUUUUAAAUAGAAUUACAAUUGUCAUGUGGGCAAAUAUGGCACAUGGGAAGUUCCAAAGAAAAUGUCAGUGCUAGUUAAGGAAAAGAUGUUGCCUGGGAUACUGUAGACAUCCUGUCUGAACAUUGCCAUGCGCACCUUUUAUCCAGAUGAAUCUUUGUUGAAGACAGCUGGCAAUGAAACAAGAGGGACAGUUAAAUGUUUAGGAACAAAGUUCAUGAAGAGUUAUAGGGUUUGAGCAGGUUGCAGAGUCUGGGAGGGCCUUGAAGAUUAAACCAUUAAGAUCAAAAAUUUAGUUUAGCAAGCACAGGUCUACUGAUUUAGAUUUCGAUGAGCAAAAUUUAAUAGAGGGAAGUCUGGCAAGUAGUAGGCAAGUCUGCUGGUUAGUGAAGUGUCAGAGCGAUUUUAAUAAUGGUGAACUGAGAAAGCGAGUUGACACGGGAGGAGUUGAAGGUGAUUUGUGAUGGAGAAGAUAUGUGGUCAGAAGGAUCAAAUGGAUGAUCAUAGACUUGAACUGGUGAUGUAAUUGUAAACAGAGGAAGGAAUCAGUAGCAAAGGAAAACUGUUAUUUCUAACCGCUGGCGUGACAUCAACCGUCUCAACUUUUCCACUCCCCUUAUUUACUCUAACCUCACCCCCUGUGAACGUACAGCCCUCUGCUCACUCCGCAGCAACCCUGACAUUAUAAUCAAACCCGCCAACAAGGCAGGUGCCGUGGACGUCUGGCGCGCUGACCUCAACCGGGCUGAGGCUAGGUGACAACUCUCAGACACCUCCUCCUAAUUAUCCUUGGACCAUGAUCCCACAGAUAAGCACCAGGCCUUAAUCUCAAACACCAUUACUGAUUUCAUCACUUCCGGCUGUCUGCCUUCCACAGCCUCCAAUCUUAUUGUUACCCAGCCCCGCACAGCCCGUUUUUACCUUCUCCCCAAAAUCCACAA